UAAACACAAAGAAUCGUCAUGGUAAAUAUUUUAUUUUUCUUGAUUUUGUCAAAGUAUGUCACAAUUUAGAAAAGGAAGAGGAGAGGAAUCGAAAUUAAUCAAAUAACCCUUAAAUUUAAAAAAGAGGAGCAACAAAUUUUUCCUCUUCAUAUUAUACGCUACAAAGGGCAAAAAGUGAAAAUAAAUAACGAUAUAAACGCACAAAUUCCGUCUGUUUUAAUAUAGAAUAGAUAGCGUUGUUUAGUCGUGAUUUUUAGGUUUCUGAAUUCAUCAAGAAUUUUUCACUUAUAUUAGCUGCGGAUUUAAAAAGCCAAAUUGCUCUCGUUCAUCAAUGGAUUUUUUAUUUUUAAAAUACUUUUUAUGUCAUUCGUUUGAGACAAAAAAUAAAUACGUUAAAACAGCAAACCUGCACUUCCAUCAUCAAUUAUUUAUAUUACGGUAAAGAUUUUCAAAAAAUUUAUUAAAUACAAAAUAUGGCCCUUCAGUGGGGUGGGUUCCUUUGCGGCCUGGUGCGCUCAUAAUAUCCGUUCGCGGUGUUAAUGUAACCCGGGUUUACAGCAUUCGAGAGGACAUGGAUAAAAAGAGCAACAAAAUAAUAAUUUCUGUCAUUCUUACGUCUAGUCAGCUGUAUGCUUAUAUUAUUCAACACUUCCGACUUUGCUUUAUAUAUUAAAACUUAAAAUAAAAUAGCAAAUUGGACUUUCUUCGAAUAUAGCUGGCCUGACAAAUAAAGGGUUAAAUCUCAGCUUCUAUUCCAAUUUAUUUUUCAAAAUAAGUGGCAAAAAUCAGUCUUAAAUUUAAAAAUUUGAGUGCAUGGCUAAAACGGUGUGCAGCAAAACCCUUUGUCAGCGCCUUUAAAAUCAGGACAACUGUAUAGGUAUGUAUUAUACUAUGUGCCCGCUGAGACGCAUUAAAGCGCAUGUGUAUACCUUUCGUCAGGAGGCGUGACAAGGUUGUUGUACUGCUGUGGCAUAUUUUAUCAUUCGCAUAUCAGGUGCCAUCAGGUGUGUUGAGAUAUAGACACCCAACCAACUUAAAGAGGAAAUGCAGAGUGCAGGGAAGUUGCAGCUUGUGCUGCUCGCGAUUUGCCUUCAGAUCCUCACAUGCUGCUGCUCCUCCCUCGAUUUUCAACACAGGAAUCUCAGCAGCUGGGAAAUUCUGAUCGGAGCUAAUGAAAAUGAAUUCCAGUAUGACUUCUGCCGUUACGAUGCAUCAGAAAACUUCGAACGGUGCAAGAAUAAACCAAAAGCGACCGUUGACAUCGGAAAUAAAUGCAAUUGCAGUGUAAAUCACACUGCAAACGCAAAGGAGGACUCGGUUUACUUCACCGUAAACUGCAACAAUCAAACACUUGACGGCAUGAAGGGUGGCUGCCCACAAAAAUUGACCAUCACUUACGAGCAAGGCGACGUAUUUCAUCCAGAUGCAAGCGCGGAAAUCCCGCAUUCCUGCGACAUGCAUGAUAAAAUCCUCAUAAUCUUCGUGCUGCUUUUUUCGCUGUCGCUCGUGGUCAACGUGGUCCUCGGCAUCUCAUUGUUCAUGCUUAGAAAAAAAGAGCCACCUCUGGACAAGGAUAAUAGGGAGAAGUUGAACAAGCAAACUGAACUUAGUGACGAUGAAUAAAAUGUCAAUAAAUUAAUUCUUUUAACUGUGGCCUAUUGUAAAUAAUUUAAAAUGUAAUUAAUAAACGCGUGAGCUUUUCACGUGGCCUCACUAGAACUUGCUCAAUUUAAUUAAAAUGUAGGAAACAAUUAAUUUUUUCUUCGUCUGUUUGAAUAAAAAUAAUAUGACAGUAAAUAACCUUGAA